CCUGUCAAAAUGGUCGUUUUCCGUAGCGAUCCCUGUGGAAUUUGCUGUAUUAUCAUCACGUACGGGGCGGUGUUGUACGCAGACUAUGUCGUCGUGCGGCACCUUAUAAUACCUGCCAUGUCCGACUCGUUAUGGGGCAUGUUUAAUGUGUUGGUGUUCAACCUGAUCGUGUUUUUCCUCUCCGUGGCCCACAUGCGGGCGGUCAUGUCAGACCCUGGGAUUGUACCACUUCCUUCCACAAACAUUGACUUCUCAGACAUACAAAAUGGACAAAAGAAAACAUUGAGAAAUGGCUGGUCGGUGUGUAUGAAGUGUGAAAAUUACCGUCCGCCACGCGCACAUCACUGUCGAAUCUGUCGGAGGUGUAUACGUAGAAUGGACCAUCAUUGUCCGUGGAUCAACAACUGUGUAGGGGAGUUUAAUCAGAAAUAUUUCAUGCAGUUUCUUUUUUAUGUGGGUUGUGCAGCAGUGCAUGCGACGACAUUGGUGAUAGUAUCCUGGGUUCUGGAUCCCGGCGUCAGAGGGGAACACAAACACAUCAAACUGGUGCACUCAAUCUGCCUCAUCAUAGAGAGCCUGCUGUUUGGGCUGUUUGUUAUAGCCAUAGGCUGUGAUCAGAUGUCAGCAAUCUUCAGUGAUGAGACUGGGGUUGAAUAUGUGAAAAAGGAAGGCCUCCAUCGAAACAAGCCCAAAAUGUUUCUGCUGAAGGAGGUUUUUGGGAACGGUCACCCAAUUACAUGGUUAUGUCCCCUGAUGGACACUACCAGAAGACAAACCCCACUUUCCAUGAUAGAUGUCUGACGUCACGCCCCGAGGGUUAUAUCACAUACUGUGUGUCGGAUAUCUCAUACUGCUCUUGAGACAGCUUUUUGUCACACAUCAACAAACUGGGCAAGAGUUCUUGUACUCUAAAUGCAUUCAAUGUCAGAAACUUAUUUUCAGAUAUUGAACAAUAGAGCUAUAUUUCUUAGACCCUUUACAAAAGUAGGCAUGAUGUCUUACACAACUGGCUUCGGACUAAUUUGAUCAAAUGUUGUCUGCAUGGCUGCUUCUAUGAAAGUGGCUUUCAUUUUAAAGCAGUCUUUCUUAGCUGAGUAAUGGCACAAAUAUGUCAGCACACUAACAUUAGGCUUAGAAGUUGCUCAUAUGUUUUCAUGUAGGCUUUCUGUGAACAAAAUACGCCACAACAUUGUCUGAAUACUUCUGAGAUGUUUGUACAUUUUUUGAGAUUUUUGUUGAUGGGUGAUCGAUGAUGUGAAAGCUUACAUGAAAGUUAAUUCAUCAGUGUGUUUUGUUGAAAAAGCUCAUACUAUUCGUAUGUUUAUUUUUUUUGUAAUUAAUAAAAAAAAAACAUUAAAAUUAAUCACUAAUAGCAUUAAUUUAGCUAUUAUAAAUGAAAAUGUUUAUUCCAUGGUGCAUUUGGUAUAAUGUGAGGGCUGUUAGUAGCUGUAUGUAUUCACAAAUCCUGAGCAGUUGCGAGUAUUCAGAUAGCCUUAGCAACUGCAAGUAUUUAAAAAGUCUUGAGCAACUGUUUGCAUUCAGAAAGCUUGUAUUGUGUGUUUAAAAAAAUCUUGAGCAACUGUGUGUAUUCACAAGGUCUGAGCAACUGCAUUGUAAUAAGAAAGCCACCUCAUACAAAAUGUUUUAAUAUCUUAUUCAAAGACCUUGGGUCUGUCUGUUAUAAUCUCUCAAAUCCAUAGGAAAAUCACGGAUGCAUCAAGUUAAAUUUUGUCAUGUUCUCAAUUUUGUUUUCAUUUUUAUUACUGGGUAAAUUUCAGCUUACACAAACGAAGCAAAGUAACAUAAUUAUUACACUGAAAUAAUUUCAACUAAUGACUAAAAUCUUUAUUGAAGCAGGCCCAAGAACACUUAUAACACAUGAGGUAAAUAACUAACAGUUUAAAAAAAUAUGAAAUAGUGAUAUAACAUUCCAUAUAUUAGUGAUGUUCCGAUGAUUGAUUAUAAUCGAAAAUCGAUUGGUUGGACCUAAAAUCGACGACAGUCGAUUGUAUUUGGUUAUAAUCGAUCAUCAAAAAAAUGAAAAAUAAGUAAGUGUUCAGAUGUCAUCUUUAAUAAAAGCCACAAGGAGCACGAAAAUUAAUUAUUCUUUAUACAACAACACUUAGUAACUUCAAUCAUAGACAUAACGUAUUUGCAUAUAAUAAUUAGGAGUUUAAUACUGUACAUGAGUAAAACAACAAUUCAGGCACUAUCUAGUAUUUAUAAAACAAUUUUACUUGAGUGGAACCGAUUAUCGAUAGUACAAUUGGAACCGAUUACCAACACUACCAUAUAUACUAUGUGUAAAUUAAUAUCAAUAUUUACAUUAACAGAGUCCUUAUAAUUAUAUAAAUAGAUCAAGCUUGACGUUCCUGUGGUAUAACACCAGUGUGUGUAUACCAUGGGAUAAAUUACGUCAUAUAUGCUACGUCGGAAGGCAACAUUUUGCAUAAAAUGAAGACUUUAAUCAAAGAUAACUUUUCUUUUACUACACCAAAUUAAAUAAAAUAAAGGGCAGUCUAUGCCACUUAAAGAGCUCCACCUUCGUUUUAUUACCGAAUUUUGAUUAGGUGAUUAGUUUCCUCAAACACUUCAACAAACUUGUUUAAAAUAUAAUGUUUUGACAGUGCUCCGUCAGAUGGCCACUUUCUUGAGUUGUUAAAAUCAUUAAUUCCCCGCUUAAAGAAAUGAUCAAAUAUGACAGCCUGGUGCAAUUUCAACAAUUAUAAUUGAAUAGCAAAAUAAUCCUUUUACAGGACUGGCUUAGUAAUUGGUAGAUUCGAAAAAGUGGUUCCUAACUUCCUAUCUAGUAUUGAUAUACCGGUAUUGAAAUAUGUAUUUUAUAUAAUAGUUAAAUGACAUGAGGUAAUUUCUUAAUGAUUAAGAAUUGGCAGAGUGGGUGUGAAGGGAACAAGCCAUUCUUAAUCAUAAAGAUAUACUAGUAUCUUAAGGUCAUCUCACUGACUUAGAAUACAACUUCAUCGGCUUACACAUUGUAAACGCAAACUCUGAUGCAAGGAGUUUGUAUCAGAUGAAUGGCUGUUGGUGGACCUUUUAACACCUGGUAGAGUAAAUUCUUAAUGAUUUAGCCUAGAAGUUAAUGAAGGCCUAUCUGCAAUUUCAUUGGCUGACUAUGUAGGUUGCAUUCUAAAAGCUGUAAACAGUUUUUCAUAUUGAAUGAACAUAUCCCAUCAUUCAUUGUUAAUCUUCUGGCCCCAAUUUCUCGAAACUUCUUAAGUCCCUUAUAUUAACAGGAUUAAGCUAAUCUCACUAUUUUUGUUCUUCUAUAAAAUGUGUUAUAUUUACUUCUUCAAGAAUUUUUAGAAAUUAUGUAGGAAUAAUCUGUACGAUUAUCAGAAUAAACCAUUUUUCAUUUAUCAAAAUCCAUUUUCAGUAUGUAUUUUGGAUAAUUGAAAUAAGCGACUUAAGCCUGUUAAGCUUAAGAACUUUCGAGAAAUUGGGGCCUGUUUGCCAUAAUGUUUUAAAACGUGGCUCAGAAUUUAUAUAUUUUGUUCAUUCAUGUAAAUGUUUAAUGUUAUUAUGUAUAUCUAAAGUCUAUACUGUCGGGAAUAAUAUCCUAUGUUUUAUGUGUUCUUAAUGUAAAUUAUUGAUGAAAUGAGUUAUUUGUUUAUUGUUUUUGUUGCAAUGUUUUAUUCAGUCUUGAAGGAUGUGUGUUGUACAUAUGAUUAUAUUGUGGUUUAAUUUAACUGAGGUCAUUUCUUAUGCAUUGGCAAUGGGUCCGUCCUACUGGAAGAAUAUGAUAACCCUAACCUGACCAAACGGCUAACAACAUAGGGUAAAAUAUCGAAAUAUGGGAAACAAGUCGCCAAAAUGAAAUAGUGAAGGGUUUUAAAUAGCUGAAAAGUAAAGAACUAAGUAAAUGAUUCAUAGAUACAGAUAUAGAUGGGGAUUUAUCUGGCACCCUCAAGCCCCUUCUGAGAUUUAAUUAUAUUAUCUAAGUUAUAAUUACUAAAAUAACCUUAAAUGCAUCUGCAAUAGCUGUGAUGAAUGGACUUUAUUACCAACAUUUUUUUUAUAAAUUCUAAAUUGAUUUAUUAAAUGUACCAACAUUUAGAAACGAACUUCAAAUAGUAGCUGGCAGAUUCACGUGUAAUUUUUAGCCUAAAGUCAUUCCAUUUUUAUAUAGCUUUACUCACAUUGUUUGGUAAAAUAAAGCAUUUUUUUGUUACGUUUGUAUAUAUUUUUUAACUAUAAAGGUCUUAUUUGAACUUGUGACGAUAUUUUAUCAUUUUACAAGCAUUUUGUUCAUAUUUUUGGACUAAUGUUCAUAUAAUGUACACAAAAAAACACACAAAAUCUUAGGUCAAGAUGAAUCGAUAUACAAUGUACCACAUAUGAGCCCUCCUUAUACAAGCAAUGACCUAAAGAAUGAUUUUGACCUGAAAUAUAAUAAUGCUAUGAACUUCUAAUAUAAUAAGUUAACCUAUAGAAAAUGAGGGAAAAAGGUUAAGCCCCACCUUAAGAAAGUCCACUUGGAUUUUACGAUUCAUUUUACAUGCAGAUUUUCUUUGCCAAAAGCUGAGUAAAAAUGUCACACUCCCUAAGGUCAUAAAAUUCUAGUCAGGAGUUCGAUGACGGCCCUCCACUAUCUUACCCAAGAAUUGAAAUUGGUUUUUGAGCACUCAAGAGCUUACAGCUUAGAUGUACACCCUGGAGUACAUGCCACAUUGUGACUUUCCUCUGAUUGUUGUACUAACGUUUGGUUCUGUUUUACAGAUAUAAUUUAUGUGUAUGCAUUGUUAUGUCCUCAAACAUAUCCAGAAAUGUUUGGGUUUAUUUAUAUACAUUUAUGUUUUCAUUUUAAACACAUGAAUAAUAAUGUAUUUUCAUUUUAAACACAUGAAUAAUAAUGUAUUUUCAUUUUAAACACAUGAAUAAUAAUGUAUUUUCAUUUUAAACACAUGAAUAAUAAUGAUGAUCCUUUAUGUAAAAAGUCAUGGUAAUUUUAAGAAAUUAUUAAAAAAAAAAAUUAAUGAAAUUUAUUCAAACCUUUUAAAAUUCUGAAAAGAUACCUGCAUUUUGAGUUCCACUAUUCGAAGAAUAAGGAGAGCUUUAUUACACACCCUAGCAUCUGUGUCAUGUAGCAUCUCAUGUAUUGCGUUGAAACUUAAGAUGUGUGAUUUAAAAUAUCCAACCUACUUCAUUAAUCAAGUUAGAUAACUAUAUUAUGCAUGAUAAUGCAAAUUAUGGGCCUUUCUAAUUAAACUUAGAGAUUCUCGUUACGAUUUUGUAACCAUAUUUAUUUCAAUGUCUCAGCAAAUACAUCAUGUAUUGCAUUGAAACUACGGACAUGUGUUCCCAACUAUCUAAACGACUUGAUCAAUCAAGUUACAUAACUCAGUCUUGCAUAAAUUAACAAGAGCUGUCACAGAAACAGGGUUCUCCACUAUUCGCCUUCUUUUAAGUAUAAGGAUUGCAAAACUUUGGUGAAGCGUGCAUCUAUCACUGUAAAAUUAGAUUAAAUGCAAAAUCUAAACCAGUGAGAAAUCGAAUGUCCCUAUAAAGAAGGCGAAUAGUCGAGAGCCCUGUUUCUGUGACAGCUCUUGUUAAUUUAACAGUACAAUAUUAAAUUAUUUUUUAUUUCAAAAAUCAAUUAAAACAUCUGGAAUAUUUUAUGACUUAUUUUUUUUAAUGUAGUGUUUUUAGUAUAAGUACUUUUCCGUAUAACAGUAACUCAUCACACUGAUUUAUGAAUGUAUUAUAUAAAUUACAUAACUAAUUUUUACAUACUUAAAAUUUAAGUUAAACAAACUUUGUGAUAUGAUUGUUUUCGUACUCUUGCUUGUAUUUUAUCAAUAAACUUCAACAAAUAUGUCAA